GCCUGGGUGCCUCCAGUUCCCCCGCCCUCAUUUCCCAUCGUGCUGAGGCGGGUGGCAUGGCGGAGAAGGAUGACACCAGAGUUUGACGAAGAGGUGGUUUUUGAGAAUUCUCCACUUUACCAGUACUUACAGGAUCUGGGGCACACAGACUUUGAAAUAUGUUCUUCUCUGUCACCAAAACCAGAAAAAUGCUCAGUGACAGAGGGACAACAAAAGCCUCCUGUAAGAGCCCUGCCAAAACAAGGCAUUCUGUUAAAAGUGGCUGAAACCAUCAAAAGUUGGAUUUUUUCUCAGUGCAGUAAGAAAGAUGACUUACUUCACAAGUUGGAUAUUGGAUUCCGACUCGACUCACUACAUACCAUCCUGCAACAGGAAGUCCUGUUACAAGAGGAUGUGGAGCUGAUUGAGCUACUUGAUCCCAGUAUCCUGUCUGCAGGGCAACCUCAACAGGAAAAUGGACACCUUCCAACACUGCGCUCUCUGGCAACCCCUAAUAUUUGGGAUGUCUCAAUGCUGUUUGCUCUCAUUAGUUUGCUUAUCAUGCUUCCCACUUGGUGGAUUGUAUCUACCUGGCUAGUAUGGGGAGUGAUUCUAUUUGUUUAUCUGAUCAUGAGAGCUUUGAGAUUGUGGAGGACAGCCAAACUACAAGUAACCCUAAGAAAAUACAAUGUCCGUUUGGAAGACAUGGCAACAAAUAGCCGAGCUUUUACUAAUCUUGUGAGAAAAGCUUUACGUCUCAUUCAAGAAACCGAAGUCAUUUCCAGAGGAUUUACACUUUUGCUUGACAGGGUCAGUGCUGCUUGCCCAUUCAAUAAAGCCGGACAGCAUCCCAGUCAGCAUCUCAUCGGCCUUCGGAAAGCUGUGUACAGAACUGUAAGAGCCAACUUUCAAGCAGCAAGGAUAGCUACCCUAUAUAUGUUGAAAAACUACCCCCUGAACUCUGAGAGUGACAAUGUGACCAACUACAUCUGUGUGGUGCCUUUUAAGGAGCUGGGCCUUGGACUUAGUGAGGAACAGAUUUCAGAGGAGGAAGCACAUAACCUUACAGAUGGCUUCAGCCUGCCGGCAUUGAAGGUUUUGUUCCAACUCUGGGUGGCACAGAGUUCAGAGUUCUUUAGACGGUUAGCUCUGUUACUUUCUACAACUAAUGCACCUCCUGGACCCUUACUUACUUCAGCACUUUUGCCUCAUCGUAUUUUAUCUGAUGUGACUCAGGGUCUACCUCAUGCUCAUUCUGCCUGCUUGGAAGAGCUGAAGCGCAGCUAUGAGUUCUAUCGGUACUUUGAAACUCAGCACCAAUCAGUACCCCAGCGUUUAUCCAAAACUCAGCAGAAGUCAAGAGAACUGAAUAAUGUUCACACAGCUGUACGCAGCUUGCAGCUCCAUCUGAAAGCAUUACUGAAUGAGGUAAUAAUUCUUGAAGAUGAACUUGAAAAGCUUGUUUGUACUAAGGAAACACAAGAACUAGUUUCAGAAACUUAUCAAAUCCUGGAACAGAAAUUAAGGCUGAUUCAGCCUCAUGUUCAAGCAAGCAACAAUUGCUGGGAAGAGGCCAUUUCUCAAGUGGACAAACUGCUACGAAGAAAUACGGAUAGAAAAGACAAACCUGAUGUGGCGUGUGAAAACCCACGCUGUACUGUGGUACCUUUGAUGCAGCCUACUCUACACAUUGCAGACAAAGAUCCAGUCCCUGAGGAGCAGGAAUUAGAAGCUUAUGUAGAUGAUAUCGAUUUGGACAGUGAUUUCAGAAAGGAUGAUUUUUAUUAUUUGUCUCAAGAAGAUAGAGAGAGACAGAAGCGUGAACAUGAAGAAUCCAAGAGGGUUCUCCAAGAAUUAAAAUCUGUGUUGGGAUUCAAAGCCUCAGAGGCAGAAAGGCAGAAGUGGAAGCAACUUCUAUUUAGUGAUCAUGCUGUGUUGAAACCCUUGUCUCCUGUAGACCCUGUGGAACCCAUAAGUAAUUCAGAACCAUCAAUGGAUUCAGAUAUGGGGGAAGUUGGUAAAAAUGAUAAUGAAGAAGGAAAUAGUAAACCCUCCAUAACUGACAAUGAAAUAUGUAGUAGGACUGAGUAUUUAUGUGAAAACUCUCUAGACGGUAAAAAUAAAGGCAAUUCUACAAAUGAAGGCUUCCUGCAAGGAGCUGAAGAAAGAGCGUGUUACCAGUGGGAAAGUGAAGACGACUCCCAGCAGGCAGGUGUUGGUGCCCUGACCCCUUCCCAUCCAGCUCCCAGGGACUCAUUCCAGCCCUCCAUUAAGCAGAGGCUGGCGCGGCUGCAGCUGUCACCGGACUUUACCUUCACUGCCGGCCUCGCUGCCGAAGUGGCUGCUCGAUCUCUCUCCUUUACCACCAUGCAGGAACAGACUUUUGGUGAUGAGGAGGAAGAACACCUACCACAAGAAAAUGAAAAUGAGGUAGAAGAAAAGUAAGAACCAAGAUUUACAUGAAGGAUUUUCAAUUGUUCCUUUUAUGAAAGUGUUUUUUAGCUUCAAGACUAGAUAUUCCACUGGAAAGGGAAAAUGAGUGUAAGUUUACUAUAUUUAAAGCUAAGAUGUGAAUUUACAGGAAGAACCCUGGUUUGAACAACUGUUCUGAAAAUAGUAGCUACCUGUAUGGCAGAUCUUUUAGGAAAACGAGAGAAAGGUAAGGGCUCUUUUGAAUAAACUGCUGUUUUAUUCACAGCACAACUGAUCGGCCUUGAAAAUUCUUGAAAUACUUUCAUAACAAUGAAUUUACCCUUUCUUGCCAGAAUUUGCUACCAUAAAAUGACUGGGAUAGUUCUGUUGCAAGAAUAUUAACAUUUAGUGUGACUCCUUUCUACAGUUUUCUUGCAGUUAAUAACUGCAGCUAUUAUGUUAAUAACAAGUUGUUUGUAUUUUAUUUUUGUUUAUACCAAGUCUUAAAGAUACAGGUUCUAAAUAAAAAAAAAGUUUUCAUGCAAUUGAUGUGUACUGGGAUUUGGAACUAAAAAUCACUUCUAAAAGUACUUGGGUUAUGACAUGUUUCUUACGUUUCCCUGUUCAUGUGUAUUCAGUAGUUAAUUUUAAGAUUUCCUAAUGAUACUUAAAAAAAUGUACCAUUUUAAGAAUUACCCUUUUAAAUUAUUGCGUGCUUAUCUUUUUCUUUUUUGUUGCAACUAGAAGAGCUUGUGUCAAAGGGGGAUCCCUGUGGUCCAUCCAAGUCCUCAUCCCCAACUUUGCAGCAAGUUCUGACAGUUUGUCUAGAGAUGAUGGGUGUCACUAAUGUAAACAGGCCACCAGGCUGCUCAGUUCUUACUUUAGGCUGUCCCUUCUCCUCCUGAGUAAGAUUCUGGAAAUAUCUUGUCACCUUCCUGGAAAGCAUCCUUGUCUCCUUAAUACUUCAUUCAGAAACUACCUCUUGAAAGAGAUUGCUUUCCAAAUUGUCCAGUCUCUUCUGUUUUGUUUUGUGUUGUGAUUGCAUUUUUCAAAGAGUGAUAAAUUUUUCAGGGGGAUAUUGUUUUUUGAAACCCAUAGCUCCCAUGUACUGACAUAGUUUAUAGACAUUAUUUGGGAGAAAUGUAGGGAUAAUUCAAUUUAUGCAGCUGCCCUAGAAAGAAAAUUCCAUGAUCGAGAUUGCUUUAGAAUUAAGAAACACAUACUAACUCCUGCAACGUAGCACUUCAACGGAGUAAAUUUUCAUGAAGCAGAGGGUUUUCCUUUCAAUAAUGUAAGGAAAUUUAUUUUUUAUGCUGAAGACAAACUUGUUUCUGCUUUAUAUGAAUAGUAUAGAUCUUUUGAACCGUAAGUGAUUCUGCCAGUUGCCAAAAAUUCUGUGAUUUUUCCAUAACUAAACUCUUAGGAACAAUUCCUAAGAGUGGGUCUGGUUUACAACUUAGAAAUAAGAAAACCAUUUAGAGUUUACUUUCUUUUUUAAAUUACUUAGUUUGUCAGCUCUUUUUUUCCUUGCAUUUAGAAGAAGUAAUUAAGAGAAAACUUGGUAAUUUUUCUCUUAAUCUAUAACCUUACACAGGAAAAAUUUGAUUUUAAUAAUUUUUAAUUUUGUUACAUUUUAUUUUUUAUUGCACCAUUUUGGGAAAAAUAGCUUCAUAAUAUUUUAUCAGUUUUAUUCAGUGAUCUCUAAAGUGAUACUUUUUUAAUUUUGAAAGGUUUAUUUUAAUCAAGAAUUUCUCAUCUUCCAGUCUGAUAUCUCUUUCAUUCACUAGUUGUUACUUAGUUCAGUGAAAAUUCUAGUUGCUGAAAUCAUUAUAUAAUGAUCUUAGAACUUUAAUUGAAUGUUCUUAUGAUGUUUGUAGUUUUCAAAUUUUCUUAUCUUUUAAAAUAUUUCCAACAUAAAAUAUUAUCUUUCCUGUGCAAAUUCCUAAUUUUCUUUCAUAGUCGUCUGAAAUCAGUGUUCUGUUUUUUCAUGGGGGGGGGCUGUAUUAAAAUAAAUUGGAGGUCUUGUUUUUAAAAUGCAGAUGUAGGGGCCAUCCUCCCAGUAAUUCUUAGUCAUUCGUUUUGGAAUAAGACCUUGGUGAUGUUAUGUCCAGUAAAAUCUAAGAACCUCUGUAUUGGACUUUACGCUUCUUGCCAUGAAUACCUUAAGAAAUAAAACGGGACAAUGUAAUGUAAGCGGAUAUUCUUACUUGUUAAUUUUUUAAGAAUAUUUCACUUUAUCUUAUCAGGCUUUUGACUAAUUUUAAUGGCUGCCAUCCCACAUCCAAAAGAAACUCUCUAGGGAAAAUAUUUUGCGGGAAAAACUUGUAAUUGUGCUUUCCAAAUUUUACAGUGGCAUUUUGACAGGAUAAUUCUUGUUAGGAGUAAUAUCCUGACAGCUUUUAAUAUGAACUUUUCUAUUGUUUUAAGCCUAGUACUUAAUGUAAGAAUGCACGAAAAAAGCUAUUUAGAUCAGUCUUGAAGACAGAAUUUUUUGUCUAUAGUUAGGAAAGUCAUGGCAAUAAAUAAUCUGGUAACAGUUAUAUAUUAUCUUAAAUUAUCUUUUUUCAGCUUUCAUAAAAACUACAUAUCUGGCCUGUCUAGUGCCAGACUCUUGCUGGUCAUUGAUUUGUGGUCCCUGCUUAUUUUCACAAGUUGUCUCUAUUAUCUGACUUAAGUCCUCAUUAAAUCUAAUCGUACUUACAGCAUCUGAAUAUAUUGCAUUAGGAAAUGAUACAUUGACUCAUUUGAUUUAUGAAGUUACCAGAGACAAGCAAAUCAAGAGUAACACAUUUAAGACAACUCAGUCAGGAAACUUAAGUAUAUUGGUUUAAGGAUUUAAUGCAGAAGGAUAAGCCUAAGUUUAAAUCACAGGCCCAUCAGUUAAAAGCUAUGGGUGCAGCUGACUUAGUAACAUCACAAGAUAUUUUUCCAGCAAAACCCAAAUCCUCCAGAUUACUUAAUGAUGUUUGUGAUUUCUGACUUCUCAGAAAUAAUUAAAAGUAAAACUUUUGAGACUGAAAAACAAGAUCUGGUUAUAAAAAUGUUAGUAAAAUAGGUCAAAAAUUUAAAACUCAAUUCUCUUAAAAAGAAGUAAUAUUCUGAUUCACAUAAUAAAAGUGUUACAGCUUUUAUUGUUAAAGCAUAAAAAGAGUCAAGUUCUGAUACAUUUCACAGAAUUAUAAACCAAUAGAGUGUUAGAGGGAUCCUGGAAGACAUUUCACUCUGGUGACGUAUAUACCACCAGUAAUGUAAAAUAUGAAACAUUUCAAUAAAUUAUUAGAAAUCAUGUGGGAAGAAAAGUUCGAUUGAUUUGGUUUACUCAUAGUAUACAGUUUCUAUACCUAAACAAAAUAAGGAAACAAGAACUAAAUACCGUAAGACUUGGUAUAGCUCAGCCAACUCAUGAUUUGAACUAAAGGAGGUGUCACGCCAUGAACGACAACCAGACAAAACAUAAAGGUUGGUUUGUUCUCCCAGUUAUAUUUGUAAGAGCAUACACGUGCAACUCACUUUAUUUUAGAAAAUGAAGUGACAAAUAUUUUAGAGGAGAAACUACGGGGAAAUUCCCUAAGUGUAGUAACAGUUGAUUUAUCUGUAAUCAUUGAUGGAUGGCUAACUUGUAUAAGUUAAUUUUUCAGGUAACUGAGACAAAUCCAUUUUAUCAUUAAAUAUUUUUGACAGUCUAGUAGAAAAUUUUCUAAAAUGUACUUUCUACUUCACUUUUUCUAGAGUAUUGAGGAUAUAAUUUUAACUUUUUUGUUGUUGUCUUUAAUCACAUCAAUUCCUAUCAUGGGGUAAUAGUCAGAAACUCCCCCUUCAGGGCUACUGACACCUAUAAUGCCCCUUUACUACAGGAUUCUGUAUUGCUAUGCUUUCUGAGUUAUGUCUGUUUUUCACAGUUUCUCUGUCUUUUCUUAUAAUCAGCUGUCACUUUUUGCUCUGUCUUGUGUGCCUGCCUCCUGCACUAGGCCCCUAAUUUGCUGCUUCUAAUCCGCUGUGGACUGAGAAACCAGAUUGCCAAGCUUGCUAGAAUUGUGUCUAAAAUAAGAGUAAGUAGACUGAAGAAGGCUGAGGGGCUUUUCUGUCCAUAAAGUGCAUGGACCUUGUGGAACUUGUCUGGCUGUUGAGCGUACUUUUGUUUGCCUCUUAGUUCUUUUCUAAGAACUUGCUAAAGAACAUUUGGUUAUAUAUAUGAUUGCCAUAUAUUUGAAGUAUUAAUUCAGUUUCUAUAUAUUGAUGUUUCUAGGACUCUCCAUUAAUGAAUUCAGAUAUAGAAGAAAAUUUGACUGUCAUCUUUUUGUGAAUCGUUGUGUAUAGCUUAGGGAAAUGUUAAACAUUUUGUUCUUAAUUGUUCCUAGUAUAGUAUACAGACUUAAAACUUACAGCACUGUAAAUGUGUCUUCAACUCUGUUCACCAAGAUUUAUACUCUAGAACUGUUGGUUUGAGACUAAACAUGCAUGGCUAAUUUAGUAAGAACUGGGUAACUGAAUUUUGGGAGAAUGAGUCAUUCUAGAUAUCCCAGUUUUCUAUGGAGCUUAAACUAAACAUGAAAUUUUUUGGAAUAAGUUUUGAAGGAAAUCUUUUAAAAACGUAAUAUACAUUGCUGUCUUCUUAAAUGAUAUAUGAAAUAUAUUUUAAUCUUUUUGAUGUCAAAAUGGUCAUUAUUAAUAGUAGUUAUUACUUAUAAUGUGAUAGACUAGGCAUUGAGAUCUGUAUGUCCUUUACUAAAUGACUCCAUUCUGCUGUGCUUUUUUCCUUUACUUGUCUUGGCUUUUUAAUAGUUCUGAUUCCUCCAGUUUAUGUCACUGCUUGCUUAAGUGUGCCUGUAGCAAUAGCCUUCCUCCGUCCUCACAACACUCCUCCUAGUCUGCUUUGGUCUUGAAAACAAGGUGACUGAGACUGCUAGAGUAAUGUAUAAAGUGAGAGUAAAUUGGACCCCCCCCCAAAAAAAACAGGAUUGUACUUAAGCACAUGAAUUUUGUGACAUCUAUUACUUUAGUACACAUUUCAUUACUAUCUUAAAAAUAAAUGAAGUUACUAGGUUAGAUACCUGCUCUCAAAAUAGAAGAGCUUUCAUUGUACAGAAGGAACCAUUUUGUUUUUAUAUAUUACCUUUUUGUAUUUCUAUCCUCUAAUUAAACCAAAAAAAUUAGUCCACUCAAACUAGCAUUUUCUACAGUAUUUCCACUUAAAUUGGAUAUCACGUGCUGCUAAGAAUUUUUUUGGCAAGGCAGUUUUUUAUUGUUUUGGUUUUGUUUUUAGAGCAGUAUAUCUUCAUUUCGAAAACAUGAAGUGGAUUGAGUCCUGAAAAAUAAGAAAACAAUAUCUUAAUUUUCAUUCAGUUAAUUGUAUGGUAAAAUCUUGCCAAAAGUUAUCAGUGUUAGAUAUAAUGAUAUGGAAAUUCCUGUUGUCAUUCUAUAUUUUGCAUGUUUAAGUUAUCAUUUAAUAUGUUAAGUAAUCAAGCAUGAUGAUUUUUUCUCUUAAAUGAAAAAUAAACAUGAAAUUUGCAUGUUA